GCAUUUUGGGGCGCAUAAUUUUCACCGAAAAAAAAACCAAGAAAGCUGAAGCUGUAGCGCUAUUUAAUUUAAUAAAACAUAAGUUAAAGCCUUGCUACUGUGUUUAGUAAGAAAAAUUCAAAGUGACGUACAUUUUUAACAAAUUCUCUACGUACGAACACGCCAUUCUGGCUUUAGUGCAUUUGGUUAUUGAAUUUUCCAGUUGCACGUCGUCAAGUUGCGUCGGUGUUUUUGUGUAAAAAGUGCGGGGCGUGUUCUCUUUUACUAAUAAAAUAAAAGGCAAGCACUAGCAGCUGAAAUCCACUUUGACCGAAGAUAUUUGCAAAUAUGAGUGACUUCCAGACGCAGCAGGCGAGUUUAAGUCAAUCGCAGGCAUUGGCAGCUGCCAUACAACGUGCCAAGCAGAUUGCAGCAAAAAUACAACCAAAUCAGCAGCAGUCACAAGGAGGCGGAGGUGGAGGCGACUCCAGUGGUCCAACCUCUGGCGGCGGAGGAGGUAGCAACAAUUUUAAGCGACAUAACGACGACGGCGAUAGUGGACCAGAUUGUAAACGUUCAUUUGGCAGUCCCGACUACGGUCAAAAUAACUCAAACAUGAGCAGUGGCAGCGGCGGCGGCAGUGGCGGUGGGAAUAUGACUCAAGCUAUUGCGCAAGCAGCCGCUGUGGCCGCUCGUUUGACUGCCUGGCCGGCAUCCACAUGCGAGGAGCAAGUACGCAUACCCGAGAGCAUUGUAAGCGCAUUUGUGGGACGCAGCGGCAGUGAUACGCUCAGUCAUCUGGAAGCAGAGUCCGGUGCUAAGCUGGAACUGAUGCAAGAUCAAGAACGAGUGAUAACACUACGCGGUUCCAGAGAGAGCUGUACAAAAGGACGCGAAAUGCUUCAGCAGAUGGUCAAUCGGAAUGGUGGAGGCAAUGGCAACUGUGAGGUGUUGCUGACCAUCAAUAUGCCACCGCCGGGUCCCGGGGGCUAUCCGCCGUACCAGGAGAUUAUGAUUCCUGGCGCUAAGGUUGGCCUGGUCAUUGGCAAGGGCGGUGAUACAAUUAAGCAAUUGCAAGAAAAGACUGGCGCUCGCAUGAUUAUUAUUCAGGACGGUCCUAAUCAGGAAGUUAUCAAACCAUUGCGCAUUUCCGGUGUGCCCCAAAAGGUCGAGCAUGCCAAGCAAAUGGUUUUAGAUCUCAUUGCUCAAAAGGAUGCUCUGGCUAUGCAACAACAGGGCGGACGCAGUGGUGGCAGCUCUGGUGGCGGUGGAUCUGAACAAGGCUUCAAUAACUUUAACAAUGGCAACGGCGGAGAAAGCGUUGAGGUCUUUGUGCCCAAAAUUGCUGUGGGCGUUGUCAUUGGCAAGGGCGGCGAUAUGAUACGGAAAAUUCAAACUGAAUGCGGUUGCAAACUGCAAUUCAUUCAGGGCAAGAACGAUGAGAUGGGCGAUAGACGGUGCGUAAUCCAAGGCACUCGCCAACAGGUGGAGGAUGCCAAACGCACCAUUGAUGGGCUUAUCGAGAAUGUGAUGCAACGCAACGGAAUGAAUCGUAAUGGCAACGGAGGAGGCGGUGGCGGCGGCGGGGGUAGUCAAGGAGGUGGUGAUUCAAACAACUCCAACUAUGGUUACGGAUACGGCGUCAACCAUGCCCAAGGCGGCCGCGAAGAGAUUACGUUUCUGGUGCCUGCUUCUAAAUGUGGCAUUGUUAUUGGACGUGGUGGGGAGACGAUCAAGCUCAUCAAUCAACAGUCGGGUGCGCACACUGAAAUGGAUCGUAACGCCAGCAAUCCGCCCAAUGAGAAGCUAUUCAAGUCUAAAGGUACCACCGAUCAGGUGGAGUCGGCCCGUCAAAUGAUAUCUGAAAAAAUCAAUAUGGAGUUAACGGUGCUUUCGCGCAAGCCCAUUAGCGGCGGAGGCGGUGGGUCUGGUGGUGGUGGUGGUGCCAAUAAUGCCCAUCACAAUCAACAGCCCGGUGGCUACGGUGGCAAUCAAAUGCAGGGUGGCGAUCCUAACGCUGCUGCUGCUGCCGCUUAUCAGCAACAACAGCAACAGCCCUGGGGUGCCUAUGGACAACAGGGCAGCUGGGAUCCAGCCGCUGCUCAACAGCAGCAACAGAUGGCCAUGGCGGCAGGCCAGGGCCAAGCAGGAGCAGCUACUGGUGCGGGUGGUCAAGAUUACUCAGCACAAUGGAUCGAGUACUACAAGCAAAUAGGUUGUCAUCGGGAGGCAGAUAUGAUUGAACAACAAAUGAAGGCAAAGCUGGCGGCUAAUCCUGCGGGUCCGAAUCAACAGGCUCCGCAGCAACAGCAACAACCUCAGCAGCAACAGCAGGCGGGCGGUAGCGGUGCCGACUAUAGCGCACAGUGGGCAGAAUAUUAUCGCAGUGUAGGCAAAAUUGAGGAAGCAGAAGCUAUUGAAAAGACGCUCAAGAAUAAGCAAAAUGGAGCUGGCGCUGGCGGUAACAGCAAUGCCUCUAAUCCAAAUCAAGGUGGUCCCAAUCCCAGCCAGCAGCAGCCAAAUGCAGCAGCUGCGGCAGCUGCAGCAGCCGCCGCCGCUGCAGCGGCCGGUGGCUAUGCCCAAGGUAUGACUCCUAGCCAAUAUGCACAAUAUUCACAGUAUUAUGCUGCAGCGGCUGCUGCGAGUCAUCCGCAAGGGGCGCCACAGCCCCAGGGCGGCGGAGCUGGCGGCGCAGGUGGCCAAGGGGGUGGUCCACCACCUGGAUAUCCAGGUGGUUAUCCCGGUGGAGCCUACGGCGGCUAUCCAAGCGGCCCCACUGGCGGUCCCGGACAGCAGCAGCAAAAAACACACAAGAACGAUAAACAUUGAGGGGUCGAGACGAAUAGCGGGUGCCUUGAAAUG